AUAAACUGCGUUAAGCGUGUGCACGCACGUGAGCACGUCGCGGGCCACGCUUCUGGUGCACGCACGUGAGCACGUUCGCGUGCUUAUGCGCGGGCAUCGGCGCGUGCAUCCGCGUACGCAGUUUUCUCAGUACAAUUUUGACGUUGGAGGUGUACAGUCGAAUAAGUAAUAAUGGAUAAAUUAAUGUUGUAUUAUUUAUCAAGACGACGGCGACGACGAAUUGCCAAAAAAAGACGCCAGCCAGUAAGCCCGUUCGUUGAAUCUAGGUUACUGUGCGGGGAAUUCGUGGUGAAGUUUGGUAUAUUAAGAAAAAAUGAAAGGUUUUUUUUCAAAUAUUUUAAAGUUUCAUUACAAGUCUAUGAUGAAUUAUAUUCAAAACUGGAGCCCUAUUUGAAGACUAACAAUCUACGAUUGAAAUCUACGUCAAUCGUAUCACCAAUGGAACGAUUUGCAAUGACAUUGCGAUAUUUAGUUAGUGGACAUACCUUCGUCGAUAUUCAUCUGGCGUAUCAGACAGGACUAACCACGGUCAGAAAAAUAGUAACAGAAGUUUGUCAAAUUAUAAUUGAAAGGUUAAAGGAAGAAUGUAUACCAAAAUUUUCCCGUGCGCUAUGGGUAGAGACUGAAAAAGGUUUUUUAACGCAAGCCCAGUUUCCUAACUGCAUAGGUGCAAUAGACGGAAAACAUAUACGCAUUAUAAGACCUCCACAUAGUGGUUCCCUCUAUUACAACUAUAAGCAUUACUAUUCUAUUGUACUGCUUGCAAUGUGUAACGCCAACUAUGAGUUUACCUAUAUAAACGUGGGAGUGCAGGGUAAAGAAUCUGACUCCGCAAUUUUCACACAAAGCCGAUUGUACGAACAAAUCAACAAUGACUUAAUAGAUAUUCCUCCUGCCAAAGCAUUGCCCGUAAUACACAAUGAUAAACCAACCAACAUUGCUGCAACCGCAGCUUUGCCCUAUAUUAUUGUAGGAGAUGAAGCAUUUGGGUUAUCUAGCCAUGUCAUGCGGCCAUAUGCUCGAGCUCUCGAUUUAAACUACAAAAAAAAAAUAUUCAAUUAUAGGUUAACGAGAGCGCGACGUUAUAUUGAGUGUACAUUUGGUAUCAUGGCUAAUAAAUUUCGCAUACUCCAUCGUCCAUUGAACGUUGGAAAAGACAAAGCAAUUUGUUUUCUUAAAACAAUUUGUAUUUUGCAUAAUUUUAUAAGAUCAAGAAGUCAAAUUAAUGACUUUCAUGAUAUUGUCAUUAUACCAGACCAUAUACGUUCAGUUCGGGGGUUAAUUGGAAAUACCCACAGAGAUUCGUAUACAUUACGCGAUAGCUUCGCAGAUUAUUUCGUUGCAGACGGACAGCUGUCAUGGCAAGAUCGCAGUAUUUAUUGAAGGCUUUUUUAUAAUUUAUGUACAUUCAAUAAUUGAAUUUUCACGGUUUUUUACCACACAUUUUUUAUUAACAUAGCAGGCAUAUUUUGACAGCAGCAUAGCAGACAUUUUAUACCUAAUGAUUUUAUUUGUUAAAUUCAUCGGAUGUAACCAGUUGCGCCGCCAUGACAGUCGAAAAUUAUAAGAAAUUCAGUAUUCUUACAUUAAAUAGGUAAAAUGUUAUGUAAUUACGCAUAAAAUGAAACUUUUUUUCUUUCAUUACACAUCCAGUGAUGUGUAGUUUGUACAGUGUCUAAAAACACAAGUAGGCAUCUUUUUUACUAAAAUAUUAUUGGUACUCAAACACAUGUAGACGCGACACCGAUUGGAGCGUGACUAACUGCAUGGUAGGCAAUUACCUUCCAUUGCUCUUGCCUUUGAAAGCGGGCGUAUAACUAAUCUAGUUAUAUAAAAUCAUAGGAUGUAACCAAAUAACUUAGAUUGUUGUAAACUAAAGUUGAGAGAUGUCAAAGAAAAACCUACAAAACUACAAAACGCACGCUUAUUUUACAAAGUUACUAGCCCAAUUCUAAAACCAAUAUAAUAAAUAUUUUAGUUGAUAA